AUGACAGACAGAGAACGCAGACAUGCCAGAAAGCAAUGGCGAAACGAAAAGAAGGUGUUAAGGAAAAGACAGGAAAAGGAAAAAGAGUUCCAGAGAACUAUUAUCACACCUCCGUCUUCUCCAGAGCACGUAGAAAAUCAGAAAGGAAUAUCAAGACAAAAACAACAAGCACAGAGUCAAAACCUUCCUGGAGACCACUUGAAGAACUCACAAGAACAGAACUCGGAAGAUGGUGUGACAGUUUAUGUCUAUAAGAAUAAGAAUGGACUGUAUGAAAUUUCGUUUGAGGAAAGGGAAGAUGAAAUGAAUGUAGAACAAGAGAAAGAAAUAUCUAAAGAAUCAGAGGAAAGAGACUCUACAGAACAAGAAUUUGUGACGACUAUGAGAGAUACAAAUAAAAUGAGUGUAGACCAAGAGAAAGAACAGCCCAAAGAAUCUGAGGAAAGAGAAUCCACAAAACAAGAAACUAUGACGACUAUGAGAGAUACGAAUGAAAUGAAAAUAGAGGAAGAUCAAUCUACAAAACAAGAAACUGUGACGAGUAUUAGUGAUACGAAUGAAAUGAGUGUAGAACAAGAGAAAGGAGUAUCCAAAGAAUCAGAGGAGGGAGAAUCUACAGAACAAGAAACUAUGACCACUAUUAGUGAUACGGAUGAAAUGAAUGUAGAACAAGAGAAAGAAUUAUCUAAAGAAUCAGAGGAAGGAGAAUCUACAGAACAAGUACCUAUGACGACUAUUAGUGAUAUGAAUGAAAUGAGUGUAUGA